UCGUAGUUGUGUACCGGUGCCUGGUGGUGGUGGUUCGUAGUAGUGAAUGCUCUCGUGCUGUGUGCUCCAGGAAGCGGGUACGCGACACAGGGAGGCCACGAGGAAGGCGCGAGAGAUACGCACACACGUCGCGCGGACACGCUUCGCGGAGAGAAGGGCCGACGAGAGAGAGAGAGGGAGAGCUAGAGAGAGAAGGGUGCUGCACCCUCGACUUGGUCGCGACGACACCGUCCGCUCGCGAGAUCGCUGCUCCUGCGGGCGAAGAGGGUGCGUAGCGCCCUGCGUAAUCCACGGGAGUGGAGAGUCGGAUCACCGCCGGGGCCGGCGCAUCGGGAAGAUCAUUAGGCGGAGCAAGAGAGUGACGCGGGAACGCGGAAGGAAAAGGGCGACUCUCGGCAGUAGCAGCGGGGCGGCAACAGUGAGCGAGCGAUCGCGAGGUCGCGAGUGCGUGAGAACGAGGAUAUGACGAGCGGAUACGCCCGGCGGCUCGCGUGAUACGCAACGCAAUCCGUCGUGCUUCGCCGCCGAGGAAGAUAUGUGGUCACGGAGGGAGCUUCGUAGCAGCCCAGUGCCGUAGCAUGCCGGCGAGCUGCAGCGCGUGGUGGGGCGCCUCUGAGACACCGCGUCGAUCGGCGUCAGCCGUCUGCGUGGCAAGGCAGCAGAAGCAGCAACCGCUGGAGCGUCGCCGUAGACGGAGAAGAAGGAGGCGAGAUCGUCGUCGGAGGGGAAGCACGGAGCUCGACACCAGCGACCGAUGAGCGCGGGGGGGGAUGGGGGCUCGGCACUGGGCCCCCCUGGGCUGCCGGGGCUCCAGCCGAUUGUCGCAACCCCCUUCAACGCGACCCCCCCCGUCAUCGGUGGCGAUGCACAGCUGGGUAACGCACAGCCGCCGCAAUCGCAGACAGGUGCGGGCCCCGGGGCCGCCACCGCCGGCGGCGCUGCCGCCGCCGCCUCCAAGUCGGCCCCGAAGAGGCCUGCCAGACGGGGCGGCAAGCCGCCACCCGACAGGCCCAUCAGGGCGCUCUUCUGCCUGCCCCUCAAGAACCCUCUUAGGAAGAUGUGCAUCCACGUCGUGGAAUGGAAACCUUUCGAAUGGCUCAUUCUCAUGACCAUAUUUGCGAACUGCGUCGCCCUGGCCGUCUACACGCCGUAUCCCUUAGGCGAUUCUAAUCAGACCAACCAGUACUUGGAGAAGAUAGAGUACGUUUUUCUUGUGAUUUUUACGGUGGAAUGCGUGAUGAAGAUCAUAGCUUACGGCUUCGUCGCCCACCCGGGCGCUUAUCUCCGCAACGGCUGGAACCUGCUGGAUUUCACGAUAGUCGUUAUUGGUAUGGUGAGCACAGUGCUGACGAUACUCAUGAAGGAGGGUUUCGACGUCAAGGCCUUAAGGGCGUUUCGUGUUCUGCGUCCUCUCAGACUGGUCUCCGGUGUUCCAAGUCUUCAGGUGGUCUUGAACUCUAUUUUGAGGGCGAUGAUACCACUUUUGCACAUCGCUUUAUUAGUUCUCUUUGUCAUCAUCAUUUACGCCAUCAUCGGCCUCGAGCUGUUCUCCGGGAAGAUGCACAAAACAUGCAGACACAACGGGACUGACGAGAUAAUGGACGAUCCAGUACCUUGUGGCCAGGGGGGCUUCCAGUGCUCUCGGGUCGGGCCCGAGUACUACUGCAGCAAACAGUUCUGGGAGGGUCCCAACUAUGGCAUCACGAAUUUCGACAAUUUCGGACUGGCCAUGCUCACGGUCUUCCAAUGCGUCACCCUCGAGGGCUGGACGGACGUGCUUUACAAUAUCGAGGAUGCGAUGGGAAGCUCGUGGCAGUGGAUAUACUUCAUUUCGAUGGUCAUUCUCGGGGCCUUCUUCGUAAUGAAUCUAAUUCUCGGUGUGUUGUCCGGUGAAUUCUCUAAGGAGAGAGAGAAGGCGAAGGCGCGGGGUGACUUUCACAAGCUCAGGGAGAAACAGCAGAUCGAGGACGAUCUCAGGGGUUACCUCGACUGGAUAACGCAGGCGGAGGACAUCGAGCCGGAGACCGACGAGCCGAAGAUGCAAGACGGAAAAUCCAAGCAACAGAACGAAAUGGAAAGCACGGACCAAUUGGAGGGCGACGAAGAGGGCAUCCAACAGGAGUCCGUUUGGAAGAAGAAGAAGAGAGAUUUGGAUAGAGUGAAUAGACGGAUGAGGCGAGCCUGCAGGAAGGCUGUAAAGUCCCAGGUCUUCUAUUGGCUCAUCAUAGUUUUGGUUUUCUUGAAUACCGGCGUUCUCGCCACGGAGCAUUACAAUCAGCCGCGUUGGUUGAACGACUUUCAAGACGUCACGAAUACGUUCUUCAUCGUGCUGUUCUCCAUGGAGAUGAUGCUGAAGAUGUACAGUUUAGGCUUUCAGGGUUACUUUGUCUCGCUGUUCAAUCGCUUCGAUUGCUUCGUCGUGAUCGGCUCGAUCAGCGAGAUGAUCUUUACAAAUACAGAGGUGAUGCCGCCUCUUGGCGUUUCCGUACUCCGUUGCGUCCGGCUGCUCAGGGUAUUCAAAGUAACCAAAUAUUGGAGAUCACUGUCGAAUCUGGUGGCUUCCCUACUGAAUUCGAUACAAUCGAUCGCCUCCCUGUUGCUCCUACUUUUCCUUUUCAUUGUUAUCUUCGCUCUUCUGGGCAUGCAGGUCUUCGGUGGAAAGUUCAAUUUCAGCGACAAGGAGGAGAAGACACGUCACAACUUCGACAGCUUUUGGCAGAGCUUGCUCACCGUGUUUCAGAUACUGACCGGCGAGGACUGGAACGCUGUGAUGUACGUGGGGAUUCAGGCUUACGGCGGCGUCGCCAGCAUCGGUGUGCUUGCCUGCGUUUAUUUCAUCAUCCUCUUCAUAUGCGGCAACUAUAUCCUCUUGAACGUGUUCUUGGCUAUCGCCGUCGACAAUCUCGCCGAUGCCGAGUCCCUGACUGCCAUCGAGAAGGAGGCCGAGGAGGAGGCGGAAAAAAAUAAAUCUCACAGCGGCUCGCCGGCGAGGGACGAAGUCAGUGGCGAAGCUGGCGAUGAUGGCGGUGAGGGGACCGGGGGAGAGGACGAAGGCGCCGGUACUGAUCUCGAACACGAUCCUAACGAGACAAUGGAGGACUACGAGGCCGCAUUAGAUACCGAAACAUCGGAGAAAAGCGAGGAUAUGAAUACGCAUACGAAAGUGCGACUCAACAUCGAGUCCGACGAGGAAGAAGUGGAAGAGGAAGAAGAGGAGGAAGCCGAGCAGGAAGAGAUGCAAGAUGAAGGACAGGAAGUGUCGGCCAGACCGCGAAGGAUGUCCGAAUACAACAUGGCCACUAAGAAGGAACCUAUACCGGCUGGAUCGGCGUUCUUCAUUUUCUCGAGCACUAAUAAGUUUCGCGUGUUAUGCCAUUGGUUCUGCAAUCACAGUUACUUUAGCAACGUCAUCCUGGUCUGCAUUAUGAUCUCCUCCGCCAUGUUGGCCGCCGAGGAUCCGUUGAAAGCGCAGUCGUACAGAAAUCAGAUACUGGGUUACUUCGACUACUUCUUCACCGCCGUCUUCACGAUCGAAAUCUGCCUCAAGAUGAUUUCAUACGGCUUCAUCAUCCACGACGGCGCGUUCUGCCGGUCGGCUUUCAACCUGCUCGAUCUCGUCGUCGUUUGCGCUUCUCUCGUCUCUAUGACUGUCACUUCUGGCGCGUUCUCCGUGGUCAAGGUCCUCCGAGUGCUUCGCGUGCUGAGGCCGCUCCGCGCGAUCAAUCGCGCCAAGGGACUGAAGCACGUAGUACAGUGCGUCAUCGUAGCAGUAAAGACUAUCGGAAACAUAGUCCUCGUCACCAGCCUCCUGCAGUUCGUGUUCGCCGUCAUUGGCGUACAGCUCUUCAAGGGCAAGUUUUUCUAUUGUACCGACGCAUCGAAAAUGACGAAGAACGAAUGCCAGGGUACUUAUUUGGAAUUCGAAAACGGUAAUAUCAAUAAACCGAUCGUGAGGGAGAGAUCAUGGCAGCAGUAUCGUUUUCACUUCGAUGACGUUGCCAAGGCGAUGUUAACCCUCUUUACGGUCUCGACCUUCGAAGGUUGGCCAUCACUAUUAGAGUGGUCGAUCGACUCCAAUCAAGAGAAUCAUGGACCAAUUCAUAACUUUCGGCCGAUCGUGGCCGCUUACUACAUUAUCUACAUCAUCAUCAUCGCGUUCUUCAUGGUGAACAUCUUCGUCGGUUUCGUCAUCGUCACCUUCCAGAACGAGGGCGAGCAAGAGUACAAAAACUGCGAGCUCGAUAAAAAUCAGAGAAAUUGCAUCGAGUUCGCGCUAAAGGCUAAGCCAGUGCGGCGAUAUAUACCGAAGCAUCGAAUACAGUACAAAGUCUGGUGGUUCGUCACCUCUCAACCCUUCGAGUACACGAUAUUCACGUUAAUUAUGAUCAACACCGUGACGCUCGCGAUGAAAUUUUACCGGCAACCGCAGAUAUACACGGACGCCUUGGACGUUCUCAAUAUGAUCUUCACCGCAGUAUUCGCCAUGGAGUUUGUGUUCAAGCUAGCAGCAUUUCGAUUUAAGAAUUACUUCGGCGAUGCAUGGAACGUCUUCGAUUUUAUUAUCGUGCUCGGCAGUUUCAUCGAUAUCGUUUAUUCGGAGCUCAACCCUGGGUCAUCCAUCAUUUCGAUCAACUUCUUCAGGCUAUUUCGCGUGAUGCGAUUGGUCAAGCUAUUGAGUAGAGGAGAGGGCAUCCGAACACUUUUGUGGACGUUCAUUAAAUCUUUUCAGGCUCUGCCCUAUGUUGCUCUUCUUAUUAUAAUGUUGUUCUUUAUUUACGCUGUGAUAGGCAUGCAGGUCUUCGGAAAAAUUGCGAUAGACGACGACACGGCGAUAGAUCGUAACAAUAAUUUCCAGUCCUUUCCACAAGCCGUGUUGGUUCUAUUUCGAUCGGCGACGGGCGAGUCGUGGCAAGAAAUCAUGAUGGCUUGCUCGGCGCAACCGGGCAUAGUCAUGUGCGAUCCUGCCAGCGACGAUUUCGGCAAUUCGAACGGCUGCGGAUCGGACGUUGCAUUUCCCUACUUCAUAUCUUUCUACGUGCUCUGCUCAUUUCUCAUCAUCAAUCUCUUCGUCGCCGUUAUCAUGGACAAUUUCGAUUACUUAACGAGAGACUGGUCGAUACUCGGACCGCAUCACUUGGACGAGUUUAUUCGGUUGUGGUCCGAAUAUGAUCCCGACGCGAAAGGACGUAUUAAGCAUCUCGACGUGGUAACGUUGCUGAGGAAGAUAUCACCGCCUUUAGGUUUCGGAAAGCUGUGUCCUCACAGGGUAGCUUGUAAGAGACUAGUCUCGAUGAACAUGCCACUGAAUAGUGACGGUACCGUCUUGUUCAAUGCGACGUUGUUCGCCGUCGUGAGGACGUCGUUGAGGAUCAAGACGGAGGGCAACAUCGACGAUGCGAACGCCGAGCUCAGAGCGGUGAUCAAGAAGAUCUGGAAGAGGACCAGUCCGAAGCUCCUGGAUCAAGUCGUUCCACCGCCCGGAGUGGACGACGAGGUGACGGUCGGCAAGUUUUACGCGACCUUCCUCAUCCAGGACUACUUCCGGCGAUUCAAGAAACGCAAGGAGCAGGAAAUGAAGGACGGUGACAAGGAUUGCCAUAACACUGUGACGCUUCAGGCCGGUUUGAGGACGCUACAUGAAGCCGGGCCCGAGUUGAAACGCGCGAUUUCCGGUAAUUUAGAAGAACUCCUCGAUGACAAUCCGGAGCCUAUGCACAGGAGAAACCACUCGCUCUUUGGCAGCGUGUGGUCCAGCAUGCGGAAAGGACAUCACAGCUUCCAUAGGGCGAGAUCGUUGAAAGUGAACUCCACCGCUGCGAAGGCUUCCCCGACCAAUUCCAUAGACUUUUUGCCGUAUUCUUCGUUGCAGAGGACUGGUGGCCCGGAUGCCGCCAAUCAAAUCACUGCGAGGUCUCACCAAGUUGUGCCAAAUGUAGCGGGUGGUCUGAGCGACGGCGCGAUGAACCAAAUGGGAAUGGAUCUACGGCUGACGGGCAUGGAGGAAAACAUACCCCUGAGACCGCUCGCUGUCUUCGGCAACCCCGUGCAACAGACGCCUUAUCAGAGCGCGUAUAAAGUGGUCGAUGGAUCGGGUAGCGGUAACUAUCUCCAUCCCAAUAGCGAAUAUGCCGUAGACGACUGUGACGACGAGGACACGACUACGGGAAGCGUAUCGAGCGAUUCCGGCAAGUGGAACCAUUCGGAGGGUGCGGUGGUGCGCGGUACGUCUGGGAGGGCCCACGUCACCGUGCUGGGUCGGUCGUCGAAGCGCCGGGGUCGCCGCGACGCCGCUGUCGCCGGCGGCAAAUCGGCCCCGGCGAGCUUCCGGUCGCGCGACGCGGCCGACACCGACGCGGCCACGUCGGCCGGCCAGUCGGGGUCAGCUGUCGCGUCGGGCGCCCGCACCGUCGCCAACGGCCUUAAAAUGGCACAGACCCAGGCGAUCGCCGUCGCCGGUUUCCUCGCCGACGUCGACUCGCGGCAAUGGCGCGUCUACGCUUCCUGCUUCUCGCACCGAGCGUCCUAUCAUGGCAGAGUUCCCUGGGCUGGAGAGAGUAACGGAAGCAUCGGCGCAGAGCGCCUGUCCCACAGCCUGCCCGGGAGUCCUGCGGACCGGAAACCGAAUUUCGAGGUCAUCGGGAGCGCGGAGAGUCUCGUCGGUCGGGUCCUAGCAGAGCAGGGUCUCGGCAAGUACUGCGACCCGGACUUCGUGCGGUACACGUCGCGCGAGAUGCAGGAAGCGCUGGACAUGACACGGGAGGAGAUGGACCGGGCGGCGCACCAGUUGCUGCUGCAGGAGCGACGCGGUCAGCCGCUGACCUACCAGCUGCAACAAGGUAUGGAGCAGCCGUGGGGCCAGCAGACGACCGGCAUCAGCUACCAGCCGUUGCAGGAACAGCCGUCGGCGGGCGGCGGCCAGCCGUCCGUUUACCCUCCGCAGGGCGGCUACCAUCAGCUUCGCAGCGGCAACCGGCAGCAGCAACAGCGACAGCCGCCGUCCUAGCAGGACGAGAAGUCGCCAGCGACGCGAACAUCGUCCACGUAACGCGAAAACACCUUCUCUUCCGCAUCCACGGAUUAGUCGCCGAGGUCGUCGCGGAGAUAGACGAGCCAAGAUGAGCGGAGCAACGCCAAGCGGCGGAGCCGGUCGCGCGAAUUCGACGGAAACAGACCGUGAGCUCUGACGUCGUAGUCGUCGUUGUGGUCGUUCGGAGAGCUCGAGGAUGCUUGGAACCGUCCUGAGUGCGUAAAUGUAGUUAGACCCGUGGACCGAGCGGAGAUGCUACCGAAAGGUCGUGACGACGAGCUCGUCCUCGUCCGCCGACACCAUCCGGGAGCCGAUGUCGCUCGACGAGUAUUUUCUAAGUCGAUUUUUCACGCACGAGCGAGCGUCUCGUCCCAGCGCUUCGAGCUGUGUCUCUGAUUCCUGACCGGCCGGAUGUUGAAGUCGGCGAGGAUGGUGCGAGUCGCGAACCGAACGGAGUUCCGAAGAAGCUCGUUCGGUAUGAAGUAUAUAUGAGCACAUAUACUUUGUAAGACGUAUUUUCACAGCGAUGAGAGAGAGAGAGAGAGAGAGAGAAGCUCGUCGUCGUUGUCAUCGCCUUUCGACGUCGGAUAGUCGCGAGAACAAACAAAUUAACUGACGGAGCACCCCGGGACCCAGGCUCCCGGGACGGAAUUGAGUUCACUUCUUUAGGAAUAGUUUUUAGAGACACCAUUGUCCCGUUUAACGUCGAUCUCCGUUUUCGGUUCGGCUCGUCCUGACAGGGACGACACGACGGACGCCGCGCGUAUUCUCUGUACCGGAAACGGACGAAUCGAAAUGAGAGACUGGGAUUCGCCCUGUCGAAUUGCAAGGUCUGCAUUUUUCUUCUUAACGAUUGGCUUCCGCGCACUUGAAACUUGUUACAUGCUUACUUACUCCUAUCUACUUCAAUUUUUAUAAAGAAUAAUGAAAAAAUAAUCAAUCCAUUCUUCGGAAUUAACACGUUAACUGCCAUGGGAAAGUCACCGGUGAUCGACACUGUCACAUUUCCGCGUUUUAUUGAUUUCUGUGUAUAAAAUAUAAUUAAAAAAUUAUUAUAUAGAAGAAAUUUAAUACCUAGCCAACAGGAAACUGACAAAUCCAGCUAACCGAUAAACCAGAUAUAUGCAUUAUGAAUUUAUUUAUUACACGGAGAGAAAUAAUUUGCUAACAUAACAAAUUUAUGCUGUCGCAACAAAAUCUCAGUCAAUUAUUGUGUGAAUCGCAAAGCGAUUUGUCAAGAAUAUUAAUUGCCUUCCGUUGAAUUAUUUUGCUGAUUUUAUAAAUUACUUUGCUGUAAGACGAAUUAGAGUAAAUAUGAGAAAACAUUAUUUUAUUCAAACAGCAAAUUAACGUGUUCUAAAAACAAAUUCCCUCGGCAGAAUAUUUUUUAUUUUG